AUGCAGCGGCAGCGUACACAAGCAAUACAUGACACAAUGCGUAAACCAUUGAAUAUCCGUAAUAUGUGUGUAAUAGCUCAUGUUGAUCAUGGAAAAUCGACAUUGACUGAUGCACUCGUGUGUAAAGCGGGUAUUAUCACAGAAGCACAAGCUGGAAAUAGAAGGUUUACAGAUUCAAGGGAAGAUGAACAAGAACGGGGGAUUACAAUUAAAUCAUCGGCUGUUAGCAUGUAUUAUGAACUUGAUGAAAAUGUACUAGGCUCUUUGAAACGUGAUGGUAAUGGUUUUCUAGUCAACUUAAUUGAUUCGCCUGGUCAUGUUGAUUUUUCAUCGGAAGUAACGACUGCUUUACGUGUUACUGACGGUGCUCUAUUAGUUGUCGAUUGUGUAUCGGGUGUUUCAGUUCAAACAGAAACCGUAUUGAGACAAGCUCUUAGUGAACGUGUGCAAUUAACAUUAAUUAUUAAUAAAGUCGAUCGUUGUAUUUUGGAACAGAAAUUGCAACCUGAAGAAUUAUAUCAAAAAAUGUCAAGUAUAAUUCAGAAGGUCAAUUCACUUGUAGCCACAUAUCGAACAGAUGAACAAGAGAAAAUUUAUGAUGAUGAUCAUUUUGAUCCAUGCAAAGGUAACGUGGCAUUUGGUGCUGGUAAACAAUGCUGGGCAUUCACUAUACCUCAAUUUGCCUCGUUUUAUGCUGAAAAAUGGUCGAAACAAACUAAAGAAAAAGUCGCGCAAAAACUGUGGGGUGAAACGUACUUUGAUAAUGAUACGAAAAAAUGGUUAACCUAUGAAGAAAUGAUUGUAGCAAGGAAAGAUCGUCCUACGGGUACAAUUGAACGUGGAUUUUGUCAACAUAUUUUGAAACCAAUCUAUCGUCUUUUUAAUUCGUGCAUGGAACUAAAUAUUGACGAAGUGAAAACAAUGACAGAUAAACUGGGUGUCAAAUUAACCACCGAUGAAUUAGAUCCACAACAACAAGAUGGAAAAGUUCUCAUGGGUAAUGUAAUGAAGAGGUGGUUGCCAGCUGGAGAAGCAAUGUUACAUUUAAUUGUAUUACAUUUACCUUCGCCAGUUCAGGCUCAGGCAUAUCGAACAGAUUAUCUUUAUGAAGGACCCCAAGAUGACAGAGCAGCUGCGGGAAUGAAAUCAUGUGAUCCAAACGGUGAAUUAAUGAUUUAUAUCAGUAAAAAGAUACCAUCAACAGAUGGUGCAAGAUUUUUAUGUUUUGGAAGAGUAUUCAGUGGAACAAUUAGUUCUGGCCAAAAUGUGAGAAUAUUAGGGCCGAAUUAUCAACCGGGAACAAACAAUGACGUACAAGUUAAAAAUGUGACAAGUGUAAGUGUGAUGAUUGGUGAUCGUUGCAUAUCAAUGGGAAGUGUUCCUGCUGGAAAUGUUGUGGCACUGUCAGGUAUCGACAAAUGUUUAUUGAAAACAGCAACUGUUACAAGUUACAAUGAAGCACAUAAUCUUAGAAUGAUGAAAUUUUCGGUGAGUCCAGUGGUCCGAGCUGCUGUAGAUGCCAAAGAGCCAAGCGAUCAUGCCAGAGUAGUUGAUGGUCUGAAAAAACUCGCUCAAUCCGAUUCUCUCGUACAAAUAUUAAAUGAAAAUGGUCAACAUAUCAUAGCAGCAGCCGGUGAGCUUCAUCUCGAGAUUUGUAUUCAAGAUUUGGAACGUGAAUAUGCCAAAUGUCAAUUGAAAACAUCAACACCAGUUGUAACAUAUCGUGAAACAGUCACACAAGAGUCGUCGCAUACAGCAUUCACGAAAACAACAAAUAAGCAUAACAAAUUCUUUAUGCGAGCACAACCAUUACCCGAUGGAUUGGCGGAAGCGAUCGAAAAUGGACUUGUAACAGCAAAUCACGAUCAAAAAGAGCGAACAAGAUAUCUAGUAGAGAACUACCAAUUUGAUCUUGCUGCAACGAAAAAAAUUUGGUCAUUUGGACCACAACAUGUUGGACCAAAUAUGUUGAUAGAUUCAACGAAAGGUGUCGAUGGUUUAUCGAAUAUUCAAGAUACAAUUGUGGCUGGUUUUCAAUGGGCAUCUGAUGAAGGUGUUUUAUGCAAUGAGAAUUUACGUGGUGUUCGAAUUGAUUUAUUAGAUGCUGAAAUUCAUCGUGAUGCUGCUCAUCGUCGUCCUGAUCAAAUUAUUCCAGCGAUCCGACGCUGUCUUUUAGCCUCAAUGCAUAUGGCUGAACCUCGAAUAUUAGAGCCGGUCUUUGUAGUCGAGAUUGAAUGUCCAUCACGCGUACUGGGUAAAGUGUAUGCAACGCUAAAUAAACGCCGUGGUCAAAUUAUUGAAGAGGUAGAAUUAAAUGGUACAUCGCUAACACGUGUUAAAUCGUAUUUGCCUGUGAAUGAAUCGUUUGGGUUUACCUCCGAACUGAGACAAAUGACUAGUGGUCAAGCAUUUCCCCAAUGUCAAUUUGAUCAUUGGCAAUUAUUACCAGGUAAUCCGUUUGAGUUAGAUUCGCGUUCGGGUCAAAUUGUGCAAGAGAUUCGUUUAAGAAAAUCGUUGCAUGGAUCAAUACCUACAUUAGAUACACUCAUUGACAGACAAUAG